AUGCCAUUUGCUGAAAAUGAAUAAGAAUCAAUUAAAAGUUGUUUGAUGAAUUACCCAAAUAAUCUAUACAAAAAAUAAGCAAAUAAUAUCAGAGUUUAUGAAAAAUUUUAAUAUGUCUAAAAAACAUUAUAAGCUAGGUGGAAUACAAAAAGUGAUUGUCAGAUUAAAAAUAAUAAGUAUAAUGCUCUGAAUCUAAUGCUGGAUUUUUGCGAUUAUGUUAAUACAGAUAAAAAUUAAUAACAACUUAUUUUUGGAGUUUUCAAUCGAGAGUGUUAUAGGUAAUACGAGGAGAUGAGAAACAAUCAUUAUCAAUAAGUAGUAAAAAUUUAUUCAGAUGAAAAAAUUAAGAUGAGGAGUGGAUAUUUAAUAGGAAGGUUUAACUAAAUUAUUUGA